AUGGGCGGCGAGGAAGCGCAGGAGAAGGCCGGAUCUUUCUGCAACAUGUGCAAAUUCAAAAAGGGUGGAUUGUGCUCUGGAGACGACGAGAGGGAAGCCAAAAGAAGGAAGACAGCCAAGACAGUAGAGGUAGUUGGCUUGAUCACGGAAGAACCACAGGCAGUGGUUCGCAGGCAGAGCAGCCAGACAGCUAGAGGAGUCAAGAGGCAGGCUAGCUUUCACACACCUUCGCCGAAGAAGCGUCUGUUCAGUCCUGACAGCAAGGGUAGAGACAGCCAGAGCCCAGGCAGCCAGAGCCCGGGCAGCCAGAGCCCAAGCAGCCAGAGCCCCGACAGCAACCCUGUGCAAAAGAGAAAGAUAGAACAGCUCAAAAAGACCUUAGGCCAAGGCAGUCCAGUCUACUACAGGCUAGACUACCUUUGGGGCAAGGCAGCAGAGGCAGAGGCUAAGCCCGGCCUUUCGCCAGACACAGCUAGUGACAGACAGAAACAGCAGCAAGCGGAGAACCUGCAAAACCUGCAGCAGAAAGCCAGCCAAGCAGUGGAAAAGCUCGGACUGGAGCCAGCUGUUGGAGUUCUUAGAAAGAGAAAGGGAGGCAGACCGCUAGGCAGUAAGCAGAAGACGAAACGGGCGGCCAGGCGCUUCUUUGCAGUGUUGAAUGGGCCUUCCCACUUGUCUUUCUGUAUUGCCAGGGACUCCGGCCACAGGUGUGCACCUACACGGCCGGGCAGCUACAGCCGAUCAUGGUGGUGCCGCUUUCUUCUUGCGCUGUUGGCGCUCCCUGUGCCUGUGGCAGCAGGGCCGCCCGGCCUACUCACAACUGCACUAUCCCUUGGCCUGCCUGACGCCAGAGCCAAGCUUUCCAUGAUGGAAGUCUUAGACAGAGCAGCCGUAGAGCAGAAAAGUCGCCGCGCAGCCAGGCAGCAUGUCAUGAGGCUGUAUGGCGUGAGCGAGUCUUUUUGCUGGAACCUGGAAAAAGACUAUCACAGACAGAAAGUCAGAAACUUUCUCGCCAGCACGGGGCGAGGACAGAGUGCCAGACAGGCAGGCAGCCAUUUGGGUCUCGUGCACCUCGUCAGCAAGUCAACAGGCAGGAGACUGGCUGACCCAGGCAAAGUGCUGGGUAGGCCAGACUUUCUCCUGCCAGUCUGGUCUGAGACCCGUGCUUGGGCCUUGAAUGAGGAAGCCAGCCAGCACGUCCUGACGAGCACAGACGUGCUGAUGGACUUCGAAGAGAGGCUCGACAAAGCCAUUGCAGUCAGGCAGGCAGAACAGGAAAGUGGUCUUCUUGACCAGACAGGUCAGAAGGAGCUGGCAGCCAUGGUGCAAAAGAAAACCUCGCUAGCCAGCAAGCCAAAGCAGAGGAGCAAGUACCAGAUCCAGCUCCUCGCAAAGUGCGGUCUUCGCAACAGAUCCUGCCAACAGACAGCCAACCUGAGCCAGGAGGAAGAGAAAGCCAGGCUAGAAAGCUCCUGGCGACUCUGGGACAUGCUUCUGGAACAGGCAGCCAGUCCCACGCCACAGCCGGACUUGCCUGUAGCAAGCCCAGAGCAGUGGGCCCCACAGCGAGCAGAGACAGCCAUCACCAUGUCAGAUCAAGUACCUGCUUGGCUCAAGCCAACGCCAGGGAAGGUGUUGACAUCGGUGGUGCGCUUGAAGCUAGCCAGAGAGCAAAGCAAGAUCAGGUGUGGCAGCAAGGUGGCGAAUCAGCUUGGUAGCUAG